ACGACUUAUGAAAACAUUGAUUUAUGGUACUACUAUUUCAACAGGGCCAAUGCUCAAACAAAGAGGCCAUUCAACAGAAACAUUUAUUCAUAUAUGUAUUAUGAAGGGGGGAUUUCAUCAGUAUACAUGUGGAAAGACAAUGAAGACUUUGUGGCUUGCUUCCUAAUAAAGAAAGAUGGCUCAAAGUCAGGGCAUGGCCGAAGAAGUUAUUUGCAAGAAGGUGCAUGGGAUGCUAUUCAUGUUAUUGAAAAUGAUGGAAUAUACGAAGUUGUUGCAGGAAGUGACUUUGUCAUUACUAAAGUUGCAUUUCGAAACAACUCUUCAAAGUACAACAUAAAUGACCGUGGAAGUAAUUUUACCGAGGUCACUAAGAAAUUGAAAGGAAAAGAAGUGGACUUGGACAAUAAUUGGUUUUAUAUUCUUCAGGUGGGUGAUGGCUAAAAAAGGCCUAUUUACUUGUGAAAAAAAUAUCAUACCGUCAAAAUAUAUUUUCUCUUUCAAUUCUUUAUCAUUGAAAUUUCAGGGUGAAGUCGAGCAAAUUUCUCUAAUGAAUCCAAAGAUUUGUAUUUUCAGCAUUAUUGUAAUUGUAAUUGAUUGAAUGAAGGAUUGUAAUUGAUUGUAAUUGUAAUUUAUUGUAAUUGUAAUUGA